CAAGGACCCAUCCGAAUCCAGUUCAAUCCGGCUCGGAUUUGUCUGGCCUGUCUGGAGCUGGAGCCGGAGCCGGAGUCGGAGCCGGAGAGAGAAAUAAGGAAGGCAGUUAGAUAGCUUCGCCGAGGCUGGUGGUGGAGCUGCCCAGGUCGCGCCGCCAUGGAUCCGGCGGCGUACAGAUACAGGCCCCCAAAGCCCAACUACCUACCGCGCGAUGUCGACGUGGAUGAGCCCGUCGUCGAGGAGUACCAUAUGCCCAUGGGCCGCGCCGAUGACCGGGAGAACGCCAUCUUCUUCAACCGCAUGAAGCGCACCGCCAUGGAGUCCAACAUCGUGCGGCCCAAGGGCUACACCGUCUCGUACCACGCCAACCCCGAGAUGGAGAAGCACCACUUCGGCCAGACACAUCCCAUGAAGCCCUGGCGUCUAACCCUGACCAAGAGCCUGGUCUCGGCCUACGGCAUGCCCUUCGCCAUGGACAACUACAACACGCGCGCCGCCACCUACGAGGAGCUCAAGUCCUUCCACGCCAGCGACUAUCUCGACUACCUGGCUACCGCCCCGCCUGAAGACCAGCCGCGAGAUAUCGACAACCCAGACAAGGAGGUCAAAUUCAACCUGGGCGGAAGCGACUGCCCCUUGUUCCACGGCCUCUACGACUACUGCUCCAUGUCUGCGGGGAGUUCUAUGGACGCUGCCCGCAAGAUCUGCAACAAGCAGUCCGACAUCGCCAUCGCCUGGGGCGGCGGCCUGCACCACGCCAAGCGCUCCGAGGCCUCGGGCUUCUGCUACAUCAACGACAUCGUGCUGGGUAUCCUGCAGCUGCUGCGCUGCUACCCCCGUGUCCUGUACAUCGACAUCGACGUCCACCACGGCGACGGCGUCGAGGAGGCCUUCUUCUCGACCGACCGCGUCAUGACCGUGUCCUUCCACAAGUACCAGCCCGAGGUCUUCUUCCCCGGCACCGGUGGGCUCGACGACAACGGCCCUAAGAGCGAGCACAACCCCGGGGCCCACCACGCCAUCAACGUGCCGCUCAACGACGGCAUCACCGACGAGCAGUACGAGUCGCUCUUCCAGGGCAUCAUCGGCAAGAUCAACGAGCACUUCCGGCCCAGCGUCAUCGCCCUGCAGUGCGGCGCCGACUCGCUCGCCGGCGACCGGCUGGGCCGCUUCAACCUGCAGGUCCAGGGCCACGGCGCCUGCGUGGCCUUUUGCAAGCGCCUCGGCAUACCCAUGAUCAUCUUCGGCGGCGGCGGCUACACGCCGCGCAACGUGGCGCGCGCCUGGGCCUACGAGACGUCCAUCGCCAUCGACUGCCAGGACAAGAUCGACCCCAUCAUCCCCCAGCACGCGCCCUGGCGCGAGCACUUCAUCCACGACACCCUAUUCCCCACGCUCGAGCAGAUCCUCGGCGAGCCGCGCGCCAAUCGCAACACGCAGAAGCGCCUCCAGGAGAUCGUGCAACACGUGCACGAGCAGCUACGAUUCGUAGCUCACGCCCCCAGCGUCCAGUCCCAGAUCAUCCUCCCGGACCUAGGCGGCAUUAGAGACGACGUCGAGGACCGCAUCCGCGAGGAGAACGAGGCCAAGGACGAGAACCUCCGUAAUACGCGCGAGGAGGGCGUCGGCGACCCCAUGGAACUCUGAUGCUACUUUCUGUCUACCGUAUCCCCCGAGAGCCAAGAGCCAGAGAGAUAUCGCCGUUCUGUGC